UACACACAUAGACACAUCCAGGCAUAUACACAAAAAUUUACACGGAAAAACCGAAACAUAAAAGUAAAUCAGUUGUGAGCAUUAGUUUAAUGAUAGCAAAAACCAGACAAACAGUUGACGAGUUGCCUUCGCUAAAGGCACACACUGUAAACAAUUGAAAAAGAACAAAUAAUAAAAUAAAUACUAUAAAAAUUAAGACAAGAAAAAUAAAAUAAAAGCUUAAUACAACAAAAAUAAAUUAAUUGUGAUUCAUUAAAAGAGAAAAGUUAUUAGUAAAAAAAACAAGAUUUAAUCUUGUUAUUAUAAGAAAAUAAAUACAUAUAGUGUAAUAAAAUAUAAAAAAAUAUAUAAAAGCUUUUAUGUGAUACCAAAGUAAAAAAGUAAAUAAAAGACCAUUAUAAAAGUGCUUUUACCUAGAUUGUUUGUUUUAUCUUUUAUUGUUUUUCGUUAAAAGUAUUUGUUUUGUGUACAUGUGAUAAAAGGAUAUUAAAAAGCUUUGCAGAAGGAUUUAGAAGCAACAUAAAAAGGAAAAGCUUUUCACUUAGAUAUGAAUGAUAUAAGUGUUGGGAAUUAUUAAAAUAUUUGAAAAUUUCCUGUGUGUGUAUACAAACGAAAUAUAAAAUAAUAAAUAUAGUGAUUAUAUAAAAUUUUAAAAAUACAAAAAUUAAAAAUUUUUCAUUUUAUACAGUAAAUUAAAAAGAAUUUAUUUUUAAAUUUAAACAAAGUUAAAGCUCUAGUAAAACAAAUUUUUAAACAAUAUGGGUACCAUGCCUACACUGGAACAAAUUAAAUUGGGCUUAAAAAUGGUCGACUUUAAAGUCCAACAACGACGUUAUCGCAGUAAAGAGAAAACCAUUGUAUCGACAAUUUAUGGACCCGUUAAGGGUGUUAAACGUAAAUCUAUAUACGGUGAUGUUUUCUUCUCAUUUGAGAAAAUUCCCUUUGCUAAACCACCCAUUGGUGAAUUAAGAUACAAAGCACCACAACCCCCAGAGCCAUGGACAGAAGUAAGAAGUUGUACUUCGGCUGGACCGAAACCAUUGCAAAAGCAUUUCGUUUUUCAAAUGACCGAUGGCUCAGAGGACUGUUUGUAUUUGAAUGUUUAUACAAAAAAUUUGGAUCCCAUUAAACCUUUACCUGUUAUGGUCUGGAUUUAUGGAGGCGGUUUUCAGUUUGGUGAAGCUUCACGUGACCUUUAUAGCCCCGACUAUUUAUUAAGAGAAGAUGUAGUGGUCAUUUCUAUUACCUAUAGAGUGGGUCCCUUCGGUUUCUUGUGUUUACAAGAUCCCAGUUUUGAUGUACCCGGCAAUGCUGGUCUUAAGGAUCAAGUUAUGGCUUUACGUUGGAUAAAAGCGAACUGUGCUAGAUUUGGUGGUGAUCCUAAUAAUAUUACAUUAUUCGGAGACAGUGCUGGUGGCGCUUCUGUCCACUAUAUGAUGCUGACCGAACAAUGUAGAGAUCUUUUCCACAAGGCCAUCUGUAUGUCGGGAUGUGCUUUAUCACCCUGGGCUGUAACUCCACAACGCAAUUGGCCUUAUCGUUUGGCUGUAGCUGCCGGUUAUACAGGGGAUAAUAAUGAAAAGGAAAUAUUUGAAUUUCUUAAGAGUGCCAAAGGAGCUGAUAUAAUUAAGGCCAAUGAGGAUUUAUGUACAGAUGCUGAGAAGAGGGAACGUAUUGGAUUUUCAUUUGGCCCUGUUAUAGAACCCUAUGUAACCGAACAUUGUGUAGUACCAACUAAGCCCAUAGAAAUGAUGCGUACAGCUUGGAGUAAUAAUAUACCCAUGAUUGUGGGUGGAGUUUCGAAUGAGGGUUUAUUAUUAUAUACUGAAACUAAAAAUAAUCCCAAAUUAUUAAAUGAAUUGGGUGACUGUCGCUAUGUGGUGCCCUUGGAAUUGAAUAUGGAUCGUAAUAGUGAAUUGUGUAAGGAAUAUGGUAAUCAAUUGAAGACCACAUACUAUGGUGAUAAAGAACCCAGUCUAGAGACUUUACAUGAAUAUUUGUUGAUGGUCUCCCAUGAAUAUUUCUGGUUUCCCAUCUAUCGUACAGUAUUGUCCCGCAUGGAGCAUGCCUCCGCAGCACCCACCUACUUAUACCGUUUCGAUUUCGACUCAAAGCAUUUCAAUCACUUGCGCAUUUUAAGUUGUGGCAAAAAAGUACGUGGCACCUGUCACGGAGAUGACCUUUCCUAUUUAUUCUACAAUUCAGUGGCUCGUAAACUAAAGAAACAUACCAAAGAAUACAAAUGCAUUGAACGUCUAGUGGGCAUGUGGACACAUUUUGCGACCUGCGGUCAACCCAAUUAUGAUCCGGAACAUAGUGAUUUGUGGCAACCGGUCUCGGCUGCUGCUUUGGAGAAAAGACAAAUAAAGUGCCUUAAUAUUACGGAUGAAUUGAAAGUUAUUGAUGUGCCCGAAAUGAAAAAGCUAUUGGUAUGGGAAAGCUUUUUUACACGCAACGAAUUGCUAUGAUUUAGUUAAAAUUUCAAUACUAUAAGAUAAAUGAUUAAUUGUUAAAACAUACAUAUAUAUUUUUGUACUUUCUUUUUUAAGAAAAAAGAAAGCUACUUUUUUGGUACACAAAAGCGCAGCCUAUAAGAAAAUGGUAGCUUUUAAACUUAAGCUAAAUAACGAAACUUAAGUAUAAUAUCUUGCCAUAGUGAUUGUUUGUCUUGGAAAAAAAGUUUUGAUUACAAAAAGCUUUAAUGAGUAUUUUACUUGAUGGGCCUAGAAUUUUGCAUAUGUAUAGUUUGGAAAAAAGUUUUGUUAUGUAUAGUUUGCAUUGCAGAAAGCUAUGAGAAGUGUUUAGAAAAGCUUAUUUUAAGUUAUUUAGGAAUUUUAAUAUCUAAUGUAUAAAUUCAACUAAGACUUUGGAAAUUUUUGUAAACAUUUUUAUUGAAAACUAAGAGCUUUUUAAUAAUUGAAACCAAAUAGACUUCUAGGAAGCUUUUUUUAUAUAUUUUUAAGAAAAAUAGUAAUUUUAAAUCAAAUUUAUAAUAACAUAAAAAAAUUUUAAUUAGCACAAAAAGCUCAGUUAAAAAUUUUAAAACACUGGAAAGUUUUUAUAAUUUAAUAUGAAAUAAAUAUUUGCAUUAAUUUAAAUUAAGUUUAUAAACUUUACCAAAAAGCUUUAGAACUUAAAACAAUUCUUUAGGCAGCUUUUUGUUAGCUUAAAAAUAUAUAAAGCUUUUUUUAAAAUAGACAAACAAAUUUUAAUUAUACUUAAGAACGAUACUAGUUGGUUUGGCCAAGUUUUGUUUGGAAUGUGUGAAGACGAAUUAUUGUGAUUUAGUAAUGAGUUAUAAAGGACAGAUAUAGAAAGCUUUUUAGAUAUUAGAGUAUUUCAAUAAAACUUAAAUACUAAGCUUAAUAAAAUUUAAAUGAAAUUCAAAUUAAACAUUGAAGACGCAACUUGAGUACCUUGGAAAAUUAAAAAUUUUUAAAUAAAAACUUAAUGGUUUUUAUUAAAACAACUAUGAAAAAAGCCCAUAAUAAAAACAAAACUACUAGUAAACAUAAGAUUUGCUGCUUUUUUUUAACAUACAUCUUCCUAAACUUAAACUACUACUCCAUUUCUCUACUAAACCUAUAUCUCCUUCCUACUGCUAGGUAAAACAAAAUAAACUUUAUUAAUUUAGGUUAAAAAAUACAGCCCAAGACUUUAUCAAAAACUACAUAUAGUUAUAUUUGUUUGAGUAAAUUAUUAUGUUUAAGCGUAAACAUCUAAAAAAAAUUUAUUCUAUUAACAUACUUAUACAUAUUUGUUAAACUAUUUCCAUUGUUAAUUUAUUUAUUAAGUAGCCUUAACAAAAAUUGAGUUAAACUAAACAAAUUACAAAAAAGUAAAUAAAAAGCUAAAAACAAAACCCUCCGUAAAUUUAAAGUAUUAAAUAAAAAAUUAUAGACAAGCAAACUAUUGAAACCAUGAACUCCGUUUAAAUCAACUAUUUUGCAUAAAUAUUGUUAAAUUUUCAAUUGUCACAAAACUGCAGCACACAUUAGUAAAACUUAAAACUGCACUAGAAAAAAAGUAACAAUUAAAUUAUAGAUGUAUUUUUAUAAAAAAAAACAAAAAGUUCAAAUAAUUGAAUUAGUUAUAAAAUAAAUAUUAAUAACUGUUCUAAAUCUUAUCAGGUAUAACAAAAUAAGAUGAAUUAUUGUCAAACUGAAAUAACAAACGAAAAAUAAAAUAAAUUUUCAUUAAUAAAAUAUAAUUCAAAAUAAUAUUUUGAAAUAAAAUUAAUCUAAAUGAAUUGUAAUGAGUUUUAUUAAAAUAUACAUUAUUAUUCAAACUAUUUGAAUCUAUAUUGAAAAAGUGAGUAGUAUUAUACGACUAUGCCUAAACUCAAUAAAGUGUAUUCAGAAGGAAGGUUAAACUGAAGACUAGACUAUAGACUA